UUCAUUUCUUCGUAAGGACAAAAAUUCAUAGCAAAAUUCAGCCUGUAUUGAUUUGGGAGCGACACAAGUUAAUUUCAUCUAGUGUCAGUAAUCUACAGYUGUUYGUAAGUUAUCAACUUCCWCYAAUUGCAAAAGAAGACCAUUAUAAAUAUUACAAUCUUUAUUUAUUCCAAUAUACAAAACUCGUCGUCAAUAUUGUUCAUCGGUAGACCUCCGUAGGGUAUUUUAGAUGUCAUGCAUUUCUAACUUCAUUAUUUUCUGACGCAUUUUGUUAACUAUAAAGUUCACUUUUAUGCUAAACUUAGUCAUUCUAAGACAUCACAAGCAGGGCGAACGGUAUAAACACGAUGUUUAAUAAUUCUACUCUCAACUCUACUCGUCCUGGUAUUCCUGUUCCUUUCUACGGCAAGAUACCAUGGACUGCGGUUUUUUCUCUUCAAUUUGUUAUGGCCAUGAUGGGAAACUUCCUUAUAGUGUGGAUAGUCUUUAUGGAGAAUCGAUUAAGAAGUACCACGAAUUACUUAAUAGCUAACAUGGCGAUCCGUGAUCUAAUUGCCACUCUUUUUCUCYUUCCGUACCUAAUAGUACUGAUAAACUUUGACCGACAAUGGAUGAUUGGUGGGGUCAUUGGUAAUGCACUGUGCAAGCUAACUUUCUUURCAGUAUAUGUGUCUUUGGUUGUUUCUGUUUAUAGCUGUGUUGCCAUUUCCAUUGACCGGUAUUUUGCCGUAGCCUAUCCAUUCAAGAGACCUUUCCAGGGCAAGAUGAAACGCAUCAUUAUAGGCAUUUGGAUCGUUGCAGCGUUAACCUGUUCGCCACAAUUGUACUUUCAUAACAUACUUCAAUCUGGAAACUUUUUUCAUUGUACUGUAUCUYACAAGGACAAGUCAUCAUUCUCUUCUUACCUUUAUACAUCGCAAGGUUUGAACAGUAUUUUGCCAGUGCUGUUCAUGACAAUCACCUACACUCUCACCAUCUGCAAACUUUAUCAUCGCAAAGUACCAGGAUUGCAAACAUCAGAACAAAGAAGAAGAAAGCAGCAGAAUAAAAAGGUGUUAAAACAUGCUGUGACAAUUGUGGUUUUGCUUUAUCUUUGUCACGGUAUUCUGUUCGUUCGUGAUAUAUUGGAUUCUCAAGGAACGUUUGAACAUCUCUCGCUCUCAUCGUAUUACAAUUUGAUGCAUGUCUCACAUUUCAUUUUCUACCUCAGUCWCGUGUAUAACUUCUUCAUCUAUCUCAUCUUCAAUGAUAUUUACCGUGAGAAUAUCAAAGCUCUGAUASSCAAGUGUUACUGUCGMUCUGAUGCUAACAUGAGGCAGGAAAGACCAGUUGGAGUGUAUAUAAUAGAAAUGCAUGUAUACUGAGUUGAAGACACGACAAAUUGAAACAAAGAACAAUAAUAGAGUAAAAUACAAAAUAAUGCACCGAAAAUACCAAGAAACACUGCACAUUAAGAGCAAUAUAGUGAAGUACGUUAAAGUGGAUUUUGGUGGGUUUAUGAAAAACCUAAAGGGUAAGAGAAAAGGGAAAAGGUGUUGGCUGUAAUCGUCCUUCAUGGCAGCAAGGGUGCUGAAUUGCGAAGGACGCAGCUUGACUUGCUACUUAAGUCGAAGUUCUAUUUUAAAAGAACUUGAAAAGAUUUCUUCACUAAGGAUGUUGAAAGAACAGAGAGAACAUGCAUAUCAGCUUCUUUCUGAACAGAAACGAUUACAAUGUAAGCAUCGAAGGGUCGGCGACUGAAUUAAUACAUUAACGGUGCUGUAAACGUUUUUGUGAACUAUCUGACAUUGACCGAAGGUAGGUGUUAUGGAACAAAGAACAGUAAAUUGAAUAUUCCCAAAGUAAACAUAGAAUAAGUACUUAAGGCGAGGUAGAAAAUAAUAAAGUAGUGUUGAUGAACCAAGAAGGAGUUGUUCGAGUGKUUUUUUUUACGACCCGUGACAGUAGGAAAUACUAGGAGGAUGAGAAAUAAUAUAAAUGGACAAAGGUUGAAAAAGUGUAUAUUAAGAGCAACAUAGUAUAGUAUUUUCAAGAAUGUGAAGGGACUUUUAUCAAAAACCGCUCUUUAUCAAAUCUACGAGAAACUCAAAAGCCCGAGUUUUCUUCACUAAUGAUUUUGACAGAACACUCAGUCGUGAACUAUAACAUGCAAGGUCCAUGGAUUAAACUCAUGUUAGUAUCUUAUUUAACUGACAGACUCUGUAUGUCCACAACUAGCUGCUUACUGAA